AUGCAGCUUAAAAUAAUGCCGAAAAAGAAGUGCUUAUCUGCAGGCAGAGUGCCCCUGAUUCUCUUCCUGUGCCAGAUGAUUAGUGCAUUGGAAGUACCUCUCGAUCCAAAACUUCUUGAAGACUUGGUACAGCCUCCAACUAUCACUCAACAGUCUCCAAAAGACUAUAUUAUUGACCCUCGGGAGAACAUUGUAAUCCAGUGUGAGGCCAAGGGGAAGCCUCCUCCCAGCUUUUCCUGGACUCGUAAUGGCACUCAUUUUGACAUAGAUAAAGACCCACUAGUCACCAUGAAGCCUGGCUCCGGAACGCUCAUAAUCAACAUCAUGAGUGAAGGGAAAGCAGAGACCUAUGAAGGAGUCUAUCAGUGCACAGCAAGAAAUGAACGCGGAGCUGCGAUUUCUAAUAACAUUGUCAUCCGCCCAUCCAGGUCACCCUUGUGGACCAAAGAAAAACUUGAACCAAUGAUACUUCGAAAUGGUCAACCUUUAGUACUUCCCUGUAGACCCCCAAUUGGAUUACCACCACCUAUAAUAUUUUGGAUGGAUAAUUCCUUUCAAAGACUUCCGCAAAGUGAGAGGGUUUCUCAAGGUCUGAAUGGAGACCUUUAUUUUUCUAAUGUUCUCCCAGAGGAUACCCGCGAAGAUUAUAUCUGUUAUGCCAGAUUUAAUCACACUCAAACCAUACAGCAGAAACAACCUAUUUCUGUGAAGGUGAUUUCAGUGGAUGAAUUGAAUGACACUAUAGCUGCUAAUUUGAGUGACACUGAGUUUUAUGGUGCUAAAUCAAGUAGAGAGAGACCUCCAACAUUUUUAACUCCAGAAGGCAAUGCAAGUAACAAGGAGGAAUUAAGAGGAAAUGUGCUUUCACUAGAGUGUAUUGCAGAAGGACUGCCUACUCCAAUUAUUUACUGGAUAAAAGAAGAUGGAAUACUACCCAUCAACCGGACAUUUUAUAGGAACUUUAAAAAAACCUUGCAGAUCAUUCAUGUUUCAGAAGCAGAUUCUGGGAAUUACCAAUGUAUAGCAAAAAAUGCAUUAGGAGCCAUUCAUCAUACCAUUUCUGUCACAGUUAAAGCGGCUCCGUACUGGAUCAUGGCACCUCAGAAUCUUGUGCUGUCCCCAGGAGAGGAUGGGACCCUGAUCUGCAGAGCUAAUGGCAACCCCAAACCCAGAAUUAGCUGGUUAACAAAUGGAGUCCCAAUAGAAAUUGCCCCAGAUGACCCCAGCAGGAAAAUAGAUGGUGAUACCAUUAUUUUUUCAAAUGUUCAAGAAAGAUCAAGUGCGGUAUAUCAGUGCAAUGCCUCUAAUGAAUAUGGAUAUUUGCUGGCAAAUGCAUUUGUAAAUGUGCUGGCUGAGCCACCACGAAUUCUUACAUCUGCAAACACACUCUACCAAGUCAUUGCAAACAGGCCUGCUUUACUAGAUUGUGCCUUCUUUGGGUCUCCUCUACCUACCAUUGAGUGGUUUAAAGGAGCUAAAGGAAGUGCUCUUCAUGAAGAUAUUUAUGUUUUACAUGAAAAUGGAACUUUGGAAAUUCCUGUGGCCCAAAAGGACAGUACAGGAACUUAUACAUGUGUUGCAAGGAAUAAAUUAGGGAUGGCAAAGAAUGAAGUUCACCUAGAAAUCAAAGAUCCAACUAGGAUCAUUAAACAGCCUGAAUAUGCAAUUGUGCAAAGAGGGAGCACAGUGUCCUUUGAGUGCAAAGUAAAACAUGAUCAGACCUUAGUCCCCACUGUCAUGUGGCUGAAGGACAAUGGUGAGCUGCCCAGUGAUGAAAGGUUUACUUUUGAAAAGGAGCAGCUGGUGGUAGCUGAUGUAAGUGACGACGAUGGUGGGACCUACACGUGUGUGGCCAACACCACUCUAGACAGUGUUUCUGCCAGUGCUGUGCUGAGUGUGGUCGCUCCUACUCCAACUCCAGCUCCCAUUUACGAUGUCCCAAAUCCUCCCUUUGAUUUAGAAUUGACAAACCAACUUGACAAAAGUGUUCAGCUGUCAUGGACCCCAGGCAAUGACAACAACAGCCCUAUCACAAAAUUCAUCAUUGAAUAUGAAGAUGCAAUGCACCAGGCAGGGCUGUGGCACUACCAAGCUGAAGUUUCUGGAACGCAGACUACAGCCCAGCUGAAGCUGUCUCCUUACGUGAACUACUCCUUCCGAGUGAUGGCAGUGAACGGCAUCGGGAGGAGCUUGCCCAGCCAGGCGUCGGAACAGUAUCUGACGAAAGCUGCAGAACCAGAUACAAAUCCCACGGCUGUGGAAGGACUAGGAUCAGAGCCUGAUAAUUUGGUGAUUACGUGGAAGCCCUUGAAUGGUUUCGAAUCCAAUGGGCCAGGCCUUCAGUACAAAGUUAGCUGGCGCCAGAAAGAUGGUGAUGAUGAAUGGACGUCUGUGUUUGUGGCAAAUGUAUCCAAAUACAUUGUCUCGGGCACACCAACUUUUGUUCCAUACCUGAUAAAAGUUCAGGCUCUGAAUGACGCGGGGUUUGCUCCAGAGCCAGCUGUAGUCAUGGGACAUUCUGGAGAAGAUCUCCCAAUGGUGGCUCCCGGAAAUGUGCGUGUGAAUGUGGUGAACAGUACCUUAGCUGAGGUGCACUGGGACCCAGUACCUCUGAAGAGCAUCCGAGGACAUCUACAAGGCUAUCGGAUUUACUACUGGAAGGCACAGAAUUCGUCUAAGAGAAACAGACGUCACAUUGAAAAAAAGAUCCUCACUUUCCAAGGCAGCAAGACUCAUGGCAUGUUGCCCGGGCUGGAGCCCUUCAGCCACUACACGCUGAAUGUCCGCGUGGUCAAUGGGAAAGGGGAGGGACCGGCCAGCCCUGACAAAGUCUUUAAUACUCCAGAAGGAGUCCCCAGUGCUCCCUCAUCUUUGAAGAUUGUUAAUCCUACACUUGACUCUCUCACUUUGGAAUGGGAUCCACCAAGCCACCCGAAUGGCAUUUUGACCGAGUAUACCUUAAAAUAUCAGCCAAUUAACAGCACACAUGAAUUGGGCCCUCUGGUAGAUUUAAAAAUUCCUGCCAACAAGACACGCUGGACUUUAAAAAAUUUAAAUGUCAGCACUCGAUAUAAGUUUUAUUUCUAUGCACAAACAUCAGCAGGAUCAGGAAGUCAAAUUACAGAGGAAGCAGUAACAACUGUGGAUGAAGGUAAGAUGGCUGGUAUUCUUCCACCUGAUGUAGGUGCAGGCAAAGUUCAUGCAGUAAAUCCCAGGAUCAGCAAUCUUACUGCCACAGCUGCUGAGACCUAUGCCAAUCUCAGUUGGGAAUAUGAGGGACCAGAGCAUGUGAACUUUUAUGUUGAGUAUGGUGUAGCAGGCAGCAAAGAAGAAUGGAAAAAAGAAAUUGUAAAUGGUUCUCGGAGCUUCUUUGGGUUAAAGGGUCUAAUGCCAGGAACAGCAUACAAAGUUCGAGUUGGUGCUGAGGGGCACUCUGGUUUUGUGAGUUCAGAGGAUGUGUUUGAGACAGGCCCAGCAAUGGCAAGCCGGCAGGUGGAUAUUGCGACGCAGGGCUGGUUCAUAGGUCUAAUGUGUGCCGUCGCUCUCCUUAUCUUAAUCUUGCUGAUUGUUUGCUUCAUCAGAAGAAACAAGGGUGGUAAAUAUCCAGUUAAAGAAAAGGAAGAUGCCCAUGCUGAUCCUGAGAUCCAGCCUAUGAAAGAAGAUGACGGAACUUUUGGAGAAUACAGUGACGCGGAAGACCACAAGCCUUUGAAAAAAGGAAGUCGAACACCUUCAGACAGGACUGUGAAAAAAGAAGACAGCGAUGACAGCCUAGUUGACUACGGAGAGGGGGUGAAUGGCCAAUUCAAUGAGGAUGGCUCCUUUAUUGGACAAUACAGUGGUAAGAAAGAGAAAGAACCAGCUGAAGGAAAUGAAAGCUCAGAAGCACCUUCUCCUGUCAACGCCAUGAAUUCCUUUGUGUAAUUUUUAAGCUCUUUGCCAAUAUUCCAU